CGGUGGCCUUCUCUCCUCAAAUCCUUUCGUCCUCCAUGUGGAAGAGGAAUCAAUCACUCUUUCGAACCAUGGAACUCUCCUUUCCUCUGUGUCAUCUUCUAAUUCCAACAUGGAACCCCAUCCCUCUUCCGAUGUACACCCACAUCCGUCCAACCCUAGCCCGUCUGAUUUCAACCAAGCCGUGGUCAAAGUUUCCGAACACUAUCCUCUACUAACCACUGCCGAUGAAGAUGAGUCUGAGGGUGCAUGCGGGUGGAAUGAAUCGGAAACGGGUCUGGCUUGGAAGGGAAGACACAUCUAUGCCUCCCACUACGACGAAUCUGAGGGUGCAUGCGGGUGGACAUCAUCGGAAACGGAUCCGGGUUGGAAACGAAGAAGGAGGUAUGGCUCUCACUUCGAUGAGUCUCCUGAAUCGGUGGAAGAAGGCGAGGAGGUGAACUCCUUUGAUUGUUUAUUCCCAGAUCUCUACGCCGACAUAUUUCAGGACACUCCAUAAGGGAAGUACAGCUGGACUGCCACCUGCGUUGCUUGUUGAGAAAGGAGUACCUCCAUGGCCAUUUAUAGCAGUUGUUCCUCCUGCAGUUCCAUUUAAGGCAGCUUCAGGUUCUAGAGAGAGAGACUCAGAAAGCUCCAUUGGGGUAGUAAAUGAUAGGGUUUGGGUUGUUGUAAUCUUUUAAAGUGUAAAGUUUUGGGUUUGGGGGGAAAUUUAAAAUUUCAUUCCCAGAUUUGUAUAGAGCCCUCCAAAAAUUUGGAGGGACUUUUGGGAGUCUGUACGCAUAGGGAUUAUGCCCUGAAAUUGGAUUUGCCUUGUACUGUAGAACCAUCAACUCAAAUGUAC